ACCUGAAGGAUAGAAGCCUCACUUUUUCUCACUUUCUCACUUUCCGUUAAUCGAGAUAAAGAGGACCGGAUCAAUAGACUCACUCGACUAACUCUCACGCAAACGAAGGAGGGAGGCAAAGGACCUGAAGAAAGAAGAGGAAGAGUCUAUUCAUCACGAAGAUGCCGCAGCCAUGGGACUAUAUUGCUGUAAGUCACGAUGAUGGAACGGCAGUCACUCGACUGAGGACAUCAGACUGACGGGCCGAGCGGCCAUGCAGAAAGUAGUCAACAUCGGCGACUCCGGUUGCGGAAAGAGCUCGGUAUCUUUUCCUCAUUUCCUCUCUUCCCCACCCCAUCCAUCCAUCCAUCAUUCCAUCCAUCCAUGGGUGCAAUCAAGCUGACAAUGACCAAAAGCUCACCAUCCGCCUCUGCGAGGGCCGCUUCAACCCAACCCACGACGUGACUAUCGGCGUAGAAUUCGGUAGCCGCAUAAUCCCCGUCGACACGAGCCCCACGUCGCAAAAGAUUAAGCUGCAAAUAUGGGACACAGCGGGGCAGGAGUCAUUCCGCGCGAUAACCAAGUCCUACUUCCGUGGCGCGACGGGCGCGCUGCUGGUGUACGACAUCUCGCGGCGCGCGACGUUUACGCAUGCCACGGAGUGGCUGGAGGAGCUGCGCGGUGCGGCCGAUGCCAACAUCUCCAUCAUCCUCGUCGGCAAUAAGUGCGAUCUUGGUGAUGACAAGCGUGAGGUCCCCGCUGAGGAGGCUAGGGCCUGGGCUGAGGGGAACGGGAUUAAGGCGUUCGUGGAGACUAGUGCGAAGACGGGCGAGGGCGUGGAGGAGGCAUUCGUGGAUUGUGCCAGGGAGAUUUAUAGGAAUAUCAAGAGUGGGGUGUAUGAUUUGAAUGAUAAGAGCCAUGGGAUUAAGACGAAUACCGCGAAGGCUAGUCUGAGCAUGGAUGAGCAGACCAAGGUAAGGGGUGGUUGCUGUUAAUAUUGCCCGCUCGUGGGGGGGAUUAUGAAUGGAACUGGCAGAGCGGGUUGGGCCGGGUGUUUCCC